UUUCUGUGGUAAUGGAACUAAACCUACAAAACCAGAACAGCCAAACUUGUAAAACUCGAGCCAGUAGAAGACAUCUAUUAAAAGCACAAGCCCACAAGGAACUAAACUUAGCCUUGCUGUUGCCAUGCAUGGCUGCCUCUGUGUCAUUGCCUCCCUCCUGCAGAAGGUGGGGACACAGCCAGCUUUGUUUAUGGAAUCACAGCUCAGCCUCAAAUAACUGUGGGCAGGAAACUGUCCCUACCUCUGGGGCCUGUGAACUGAACUGCAGACCGUGUGUGUGCUUCAAGGCACCCAGAGACUGCUUCAGCUCCUUCUAAAAAACUUUAUGAAAGUUCCAUUAUCCAUGUGACAGUCCUUGAACAUGGACCAAAUGUGCAACCUCAGAAAAAUCAAUGAACAAACAGAGAGCCAAGUGUACUCUGCCAAACCAAAGUGGUGCUCAGCCAAAUCUCCCGAAUGGGAAGCACUGACAGAGAUACGCCCAGCAGCUGCAGCUACAGCCCCACCCCACUGCAGUAACUCAGCACAAGAACUUUGCUAAACUCCAGCAGAGCCUACAAGGCGGGGGGGAAAAUCCCUUUUAAGGAAGCAUUUCAUGACAGUCAAGUUGUACAUGCCCAUUCCAUUCCCUUGGACAAAGGAAGCACAAGCUACGUACAUGGUUCUGUUCCUUUCCCUGUUCUGAGCUUCUGCACCAGUUGUUAGCCAAAAAUAAACCCCAUUCCACAACCAUAUAUGUGCAACAGCCUCCUGGUGAGUGUGAACCCCCUCCAGCACUGCUAUUACUCCACCCAGCCAAGACACUCUGCCACUGCUGCUGGGCAAUGCACAUAACCCAGCUCAACCGGGAAUGCCUUCUACAUCUCUUCUCUUUUCUGGACAAAAACAGUAGGAAAAAUCUGGCAAAAACAUGUCACAAGUUACUAGAAGUGUUUCAGGAUCCUUUACUGUGGUCUUUGUUGAACUUUCAUUCUCCAGUGGAACUAAAGAAGGAUAAUUUUCUCCUGGGACCUGCUUUAAAACACUUAUCCAUCUGCUGGUAUUCAGAGAGAGUCAAGGUGUGUAACAUUGAGGACUGGAUGAAAAACAGUUUCCAGAAAGACUUCUGUAAGAGGCAUGAGAACACUGUCAGUGAUUUUUUACUAGACGUUUGCAACAGAUGUCCAAACCUGCUGUCUCUGACCCUCUCUGGAUGUGGCCAUGUUACAGAUGACUGCAUUUUGCAGCUUCUCAAGAACUGCCCAAACCUGAAGAGCCUCAAGCUGGAGAACUGUGUGCAGAUCACUGACCACACCCUGGAGGCUGUGACCCUCCAUGGAGCAUCGCUGCGAAGGCUCCACGUGGAUUUCUGCCGCAAUGUAACACAGGCUGGGCUAGAGAGAGUCAGGGAGAAGUGUCCUUCAGUGAUGCUGAGAGCAGACAGAAGUGCUAACAUGAUCCCAGACAGCAAACCAGGAAAAAAGCUGAUGCUUGAAAAAGCAUCAAGAAAAUUGGUUCAGCUUUAAGGUGUUGGUAUUUUACCUCACUGAGGUAGCAAUGAACUGUUGCUACUUCCACGGGUUCUGGUCAAGUCCAAACAAAUUUUUGUUUUGAAAAGGGAAAAGACAUGCAUCUCCUCCUGGAUGGGCUUCAGGAAAUAACUGCUCUCUGUUGUUCCUUGAAACUGGGAAACCCUGCAUUGCUGUCACAAAAUGCCAGAUCUGCUGAAAACUGCAGUUCUGGUACCCUCGUGCUGCAGAUGACCUCACUCAGAAGAGGGAAGCAGCAGUGUG